UACGUAAUCAGGUAAUAAAAAACACAAUUAACGAUAUACUUCACGUGGAAACAUACACACAUUUGGGAGGGGUUGAUGCCAUGGGAUAUUUUUAAAAUUGUUUACAGAGGGGAGUGUUUAGAUAACAGCAAGUGAUGGAUACCGUACCUAUAAUUAGUAUAACUGAUCCUACACAAGCAGCAACAAUAAAUUCAGGAGAGAUAAUUGGCGAACAGAUACAGCCAACAACGGAAGGUGAUCGUGAUAUGGGCGCAUGUGCCAGUAUGAAUAAAUCCGAUUCUCCAAAUGUGUCCCCAGCAGGAAGUCAGAAUCCAUUAUCAGGUGCCCCCACUGAGAAGCCAACAGAGAAGGCUGGCCCACCCCCAGAGGUGAGCGCUGAGGGAGUACCGAGUGAACCACCCCCGCCCUACACUGUUACAGAUGAGACACAGGCACAAACAGCUGCUGAUGUAGAACCUUCACCAGCUGUGGAGGAUAUUCCGCCACCCGUUGAAACAACAGAAGAGGCAGUCGCUGUUGAAACUACAGAAUCGAAACCAGCUGCUGAAGCAACAGAAGCACCAGUCAAUGUUGAAACAACAGAAACACCAGUACCUACUGAAACAACAGAAGAACCAGCAGUACCCGCUGAAACAACUGAAGCCACAGAAACGCCAGCACCGACAGAAACAAUAGAAGAACCAGUCACCACUGAAGCAACAGAGGCCACAGAAACGCCAGCACCGACAGAAACAAUAGAAGAACCAGAAACGCCAGCACAGACAGAAGAGGAACCAAUAGCCGCUGACACUACAGAAGCCACAGAAACUCAACCUCCCGUCGAAUCAGAAGAGGUACCGGUUACUGCUGAAACAACUGAAUCGACAGAGGCCCCACCAGUGACUGAAACAUCAGACGAACCUGUAGUUGUAGAUGCGACAGAAUCACCAACAGCAGUUCAACCAACCGAAGUACCUGACGCAGCUGAUCCAACGGACACUACAGAAACAUCAGAACCUGCUGAAGUAUCGGAAACACAGCAAGCCAUUGCUGAAUCUUCAGAAUCGACAGAAACUCCACCUCAAGUUGCAACACCUGAGGCCCCAGUUGCUGAUAAAAUUACAGACACUCCAACACAAUCUGAAACCGCAGAAGAAUCCGCCGCUAGUGAAACAGUAAGUGACACUCCCGUAAAAAGUGAAACUGAUACAACCGCAGAAACAACUGAUGCAACAGAUGCACCUGGUCCAGUUGUAGACGCUGUACCAGAGGAUGACGGAGAAUACAAGGAAAUGCCACUACAGCAAACGGUAGUGAUCAAAACGUACACGCUAGCAUUGAAACUCCAGAGAGAUAUCGCCAAGAUGCAAUUGGAGUUAUCAAGCUUACAGAGUAACCUUCGGCAUGCCAAUGAUGACUUGCAAGAACUACUGGACUUUACACUGAAACAGAUGAAUACUGAAUAA